AUCUUCAUCUUUCUCUUCAUUUUCACUGUCUUCAUACGCGUCAUCUUCCGUAUUUACAUGCGAUGUCUGUAAAUAAAAAAAGAAAAAAUUUAUUACGUUUCAGAAAUUAUAAUAAAAUUAGAAUUCCAGGCUUAAUUGGUUUUGUUGAUGGAACAAAUAUAGCCAUAAAAGUACCUGCUGUCCAUGAAGGACUAUACGUUAAUAGGAAAGGAUAUCAUGCACUAAACGUACAAAUUAUAUGUGAUACGGAUAUGUAUAUUUUGAACAUAGCAAGAUAUCCAGGCUCUACCCAUGAUUCCUUUGUAUGAAGAAAUUCUCAUGUUAGGCAUCUUCUACAGAUGCAACAUGAUGCCAAUAAUAGUCAUUGUUGGCUAUUCGGAGAUUCUGGUUAUCUAUUGGAACCAUGGUUGCUAACUCCUUUUUCUGAAGUGCAGCCAGGUACCCAAGAAGAAAAUUUUAAUCGAAGACACAGUUCCACGAGAAGUAUUGUGGAACGUUGCAUUGGCGUUAUGAAAAAACGAUUUCGAUGUCUCCUUAGAUAUCGUAUUUUAGAAUAUAUGCCAGAAAAAGCAGGUUUAAUUAUAAAUGCCUGUGCAGCACUACACAAUAUGUGCAUACGCGCAAAUAUACCUCUUCCUCCAGAACCCGAAGAGGAAAUUAUGGCUAUGGAAGAUAACAUGAACGAUGAAGUAAUACAUCAGUCAAUACCGGAAAGCCGAGCUAUAUUUAAUGAAGGACAGAGGAUACGUAGUCAUCUAGCAGCUCGAUUAGCAAAUAAUGAAUAAUUUUACACAAAUAUUCUCAACUAUUUUUUUAAAGAUUAAUCAGUAAAAACUUUAUUUUAAAAAACUCAAACUUUAUUUUAAAUUUUUUUUCGGCUUGAAAACUACAUAAUACCUUUAAAUUAAUUCUUAUUAUACAUACCAACUUUGCAUUUACAAAUUGUUUGAUAUAGUUUGCAAUAUUUGUUAGCGCUAACGUUUGCCUCUUCAUUUCACGCAACAUCUGUACAUCGAUAUCUGUGCAUUGAAAGAACAAAGGUUAUAAAAGAAUAUACCCUUACGAAAAAGACGC